UUAGACCGGCCGCGGCGCGGGCAGGAAGAGAACGCCGGGGCUGCGCCGAUUAGAAGCGGCUCAGCAUGCGUCUGCUCUGGGGCUCAUGCUCGAGAAUCUCUGCUUUGCUUUUCGGUCCGCGGCGUAGCCCCGGGAACGGGUUUGUUUCAAAAGGGUCCCUCUGUUACUUAAGAAAAAUGGUGCACUACUUAACAGAAGAGCGAGGACGCCCGAACUCAGCCGACUACAGGAUUUAUUUUAAAACAUCAGAUGGGAAGUACAUCUCGCCCUUCCAUGACAUUCCGCUGUUUGCUGCAGCUGAGCAAGAAAAUGACAUUCCUUCAUCGAAGAAAGUGAAGAUGAGUGAGAACGAGGUGCUGUUUAAUAUGGUUGUGGAGGUUCCACGUUGGUCAAACGCCAAAAUGGAGAUUGCCACCAAAGAACCACUGAACCCGAUCAAGCAGGACGUGAAAAAGGGGAAACUUCGAUAUGUCGCCAACGUCUUUCCCCACAAGGGUUAUAUUUGGAACUAUGGUGCUCUCCCGCAGACCUGGGAAGAUCCAUGCCACACAGACAAGGACACUAAGUGUUGUGGUGACAACGACCCCAUCGAUGUCUGCGAUAUCGGCUCGAAGGUGUGCUCUGCAGGACAGGUGAUCCAGGUGAAAGUUCUGGGAGUACUGGCCUUGAUCGACGAGGGUGAGACAGACUGGAAAGUAAUUGCCAUUAACAUGGAGGACCCGGAUGCCUCCACGCUAAACAGCAUCGAGGAUAUCCAGAAGAGCCGACCGGGACAUUUAGAAGCCACGGUCGAGUGGUUCAAGAAGUACAAGGUUCCGGACGGGAAGCCGGAAAACCGGUUUGCCUUCAAUGGUCAAAUCAGGGACAAGGAUUUUGCCAUUGAAGUUAUAAAGUCCACUCACGAGCACUGGAAGGGACUGGUACAGAAACAGACAGAUGGAGGGGAAAUAAACUGCACAAACCUGUCCGUGUGCGAGAGCCCCUUCAGGUGUACGGAGAAUGAAGCCAGCGAUGUGGCGACAUCGGCUCCAGCGUGUGGAGAACCCGCUCCCAUCCCAAGCGAAGUGGACAAAUGGCACUUUCUGUCAAAGUGACCUCCAAGCCUCGCUGAAAGCUAAAGGCUGUUUAUGGGAAUUCAUCCCUCUUGGAGCAUUGAAAUACUCUUGUUCUGAAGAACCAAACUGAUUUGUUAUGCUUUUAUGUUGAGUUUUGUAAAGAAGAAAUGCCUUUUUGUAUGGGAAUUAUUUCCAACGGAAAACUUAACAUUGCUAUUUCUAGCCGCCGACAGGCAGGUUAGGUUUUCCUUAAUUGCCUGGAGUCCAUUUGGUUAUUUUUAAUGUUUUUUUUCCCCUCUUCGCUUGUGGGAGAGGCAGGUUUAAUGGCGAUCAGAAAUGAUUUGCUUUCCAGCAGAUGAAAUUUACCCAGGGAGUUUGGCAAAUGUGUUUAACUGAAACCAACUAAAUGGCUUUAAGCACCAUAGAGAGAAUAGAAAAAUGAACUUUUUGGUUUCCUGAUAUGCAUUCUCCACCGACUGGGAUUAAGGUCUUACUUGUAAUUUUGAUUAACGUAAUACAUAUUCCUUAAAGGGAUUAUCUGUAUUUCUGAUGCAUUUGAGCGACCUUUACACGCGAACACGUUCAGUGGAAACGGAUACCCAGACUGUUUCUUUGCCUUCGAAAACCAAAAUGUUCCUUUGCUAAAAAGCAUAUUUUCAUUUUUGUGAUUUAUCCAGUAUUAUCAUUUCCCCUUAAUUUUCCAAAUAAAUGAAUCUGGGAUAAGCAAUUGUCCACAGCACUUCUUA